AAAAUGUUAGGUGACAUACAUACUUCUGUUCAUUCAACCAUUGUUUUUAAAGUACGAAGGGACAUCUGAAAAAAUUAUCCAAUCGUGUUCGGUCACAUUGUCCUGGAUUCUAUAAUAUUUUUGCAUUGUGGUUGAUGUAGAAGUUCAAUGCCGUUUGCCAUCGUACGAUCGUGUGUUUUAAGAAUAUUAUGACAUUUUUAAUCUAAACAAACAGCUCCAGGGACGCAGGAAAUUCUGCAGAUUGCGCCGAACAAAAAAUGACCAGGUCUGUAAGCACUUGCUACAGAUUGGAGAGAAACUCUGAGAAAAACAUAAGGAAAAAUAUUUGCAAGGUCAUGUCACAUUGAUAAAUCGUGGAACAUCAAUUGUUCAGUUCAAUCUGGAAAAUUAAUAGUCGAAUCCACAAUUAAACGGUUCGUUUGUGAAAGAUCCAACGGAGAAAGCUCGUUUGCCUCACGUCGUAAAAAUUGCAAAGAAGUGCAAAGGCUCCUGAAGGGAAAAAAAAGAAUUUAUUGAAAAGAGUGAGAAAGCCUUUGUGUUGUAGCUUCCUAUCAAUUGCUAAACUGUAUUGAAUUGUGCUAAUGUUAUGCUAAGCAGAGCUUUUCAAAUCGCGGGUACAGAGUUUGCUCAACAUUCGAAAACAUCGUCUUCAGUUGAAAGUUAAUCGGUGGCUGAACGCAAGGAAACAGUGAUGGUAAGAGCAAAACCUAAUUUGAAAAGUUCGCAGCAAAAUCUAUGCUCUGAUGGAAUUUAAGGUGAUUUUUAAUCCUUAACAUAAUUUUACAGCAACGUUGAAUCCUGGAUUGAAAGUGUUGAUAAUUGGAAAGUGUCAUUAUUCGACAAUAAUGAACAAACAAAAGGGAUUAGCGUAAACAUGAGCUGAUUUUAUAGACCAUAUAUGAUCAUUUGCCGACCAAAUGAUUCAAAUCGUUGCUAAGAAUUUCGCAAAGAUGUUCUUGAUGUGGGAAAAAGCUUUUUUGAUUAUGUAAAGAAUUUGCCGGGAAGUCCUAAGGCGUCGAGGAUCAUCCAUAAAAUAAAAGCCUGGCUUUGAAAGCUGCGCUGGAACUCGUCACGCAAGAGCACCGUUGCCCAGACCUGAUAACGUGCAAUUCUUCGCCAAGUCGCUUAUCCAUAUUAUACAGGCCGAUGUGUUGAAUCUGAAUCCAAAACAUUGCGGAUAACAUGCGGAUUGUCGAUAACAGUUAGAUUAAGCCCACGAGGACGGAGACAAGGGCAUUUCUUUGGCUUUUCUCUGCUUUGCUAAAGAUUACGAUGGUCUGAAGGGCUCAUUUAAGUCAGUAAAUUCUUUGAGGGUGUCAUUCCAUCAAGACUUAAAUGUAAAAAUGCGCAGUAAGGAGAAUUUCUUUCUCCUAUUGCUCCUGACGGCAAAUGUUAUCAAGCGGCUCUGCGGCACUAACCGCAAAUGCGCGACAAGCUCUCAUCGAGUCCGAAGGGACGACUUGGCAGUUCUAGGACACCAUAUCAACGAGGAAACUUUCGAUGCAACCAAUGGACGUGCGGCGUAUUUCGCGGGACAUGAAAUCAUUGAAUUCCGCAAGCCGUUAUUGUACAACACUUUCACAGUAGAAGCAUGGAUCAAACCUGAAGGAGGACAAGCUGCUGUUGCACCGAUUCUUAACUUUGUUGAUCGUUGCCAAGGCGAAGAAGAAUCUAUAAUUUGGAUUUUAGGCCUUAAACAAAUGCAGAAAGGACAUGAUACCCGAUUGUAUUUUUCACUUAAAGCAGACAGGCUUACAAAACUUCACUCAGUCGUUGCUCACGAGAGUUAUAGGCCUAAUAUUUGGGUACAUGUAGCCGCCGUGUUCAACGGAACUUCGCUCAAGCUUUUCCUGAACCAGGCUCUUGUUGCUUCAAGUCAUAAGGAGUUCAGUCCUGUCUCAGGGUUCUUUCCAAGUAAAUGCGGGGCUCUUGAAGUAGGCGGGGACUCGCAGAAAGGACUGUUUUUUCGCGGAGCUGUUGACGACCUACGAGUGUGGAAAACAGCCAAAAGCCAAAGAGAAAUUUUCCAAAAUAUGAGAACAGAAAUUUUAGGAAAUGAUGAGAACAUUGUUUUAUACGAGAAGUUUGAAGGUUUGCAGAAUCAUGGAAACUUUGAUUUGGCUUUCCACGCUGUAACAACCUCCUAUCCAGAGUUUGAGCCAUCUACAUUGCCUAAAGAUCUGCACCAAAUCGAGGUUAAGAUACCAUUUUGCGGUAUCACUGUUUGCGACAAUCCCGAUGUUGUGCGUGGUUACAAAGAGAACUCUCACCUGCGCAGUAAAAAGACUCUUCGAUACAGGCUUAUAAACAUGGCAAAUGACGAUGGAAGCAACCCCCUGCUUUCCAACCAAGAAAUAAAACGGAAACACCAGAAACUGAACGAGAUCUUUUCGCGAUAUAACAUAACGUGGGAGAUAAGCAUCUAUGUUGUUAAGAAUUCGAGCCUUCGAACGAAUUCGUUUCUGUUCGACUGCAAACCAAGCAAGAGACGCAUGUGUGGCAAGGGGGUGCCCAUCAACGACUUCAAACGCCUCGUAAACCUUGACAAUCGAAAAUAUUUGAACGUUUUCGUAGGGAAAUCUGGCGAUCGAAUGCACGGCAAAGCAACUUUCCCGUGGGAUAUUUCGGUGUAUGGCGUAGAUGGCGGCACGGUUUUGGAUGUUGACCGGUUUGGGAAAACGAAAGGUGUUAAUGAUAUGGUACACGAAUUUGGUCAUAAUUUGGGCCUAUGGCAUGUUCAUAAAGGAAUGACCGAUUGUGACGACCCGUGCUUUGAGACGCAUGCGUCAAUGGAACUAGGUGACCUAUGCGCGGACACGAACCCUACUCCAUUGAACGAGCGUUGUAGAGACCCAAAACACGAGUUUUGUGGAAUUAAACGCUUUAGAAACACGCCGUUUAGGAAUUUCAUGGGAUACGGGGAUUGCCAAGAUGAGUUUACAAAUGACCAAGUAGCUAGAAUGCACUGCUAUAUCGAUUUAAUUCAUCACGGUUGGGUUUUGCAAGAUAACCCAUCACCAACGCCGUUGCGGCCAAAGGUUCUCUCUUACAGCAAUGGGCUGCUCCAGAUGGAAUGGGUUAGGCCGCUAAAUCUAGGAAAAGCCUUUGCAGAGAGAAACUGCAAUAAAUGCAGUCCUCAAAAGAAGAAAUUUCAUCAGUUUGCAGUGAAUGCUUACUCGCCUUCUUCAUCCUCAACUUGGCAACCUGAACAGGCUGUAGGCCCACCGAACUCAGAGAGGUGCCGAAUUGUUGGAACGAUAUGGAUGCAAGAUGUAGGAGAUUCUUCGAAGGAGUAUGUUAUAGACCUGAGCUUUGAAAAAGAGGUUAUUCCAACAGGAAUCGUCGUUUGGGUCACCUAUAAUGGCUAUAAUGCACCGUUUGACAUCGAGCUCCUUCAUGUCGACAAAAGUGUCACUUUCGUAGGCUCUGCAAUGGCCCAGUGUGAUAUCCCCUACACAAGAAGAAUUUUCACUAAAAAGACGACCAAGACAGUGAGACUACGAGUCCAUGAUUUGACAGGAAUCGACGCUGUGGAGCUCAUUUCUGAGGAGAAUCAUAACCACUGCGAAAAUUGCCCCGAUGUCAAGUAUGUCGUCAACAGAAAGCCUCCGUUUCAAACUGGCAGUUCUGUCGAGGUCGCUAUACCGAGGUUUAUAGACCGCCAAAUUAAAGACGAAGCCAUCUCAUACGAGUAUCGCAUUCAAACGGUUGUUGGGAGCCAUGUCAGUCUACCCUCGCUUCCGCUUAAGUUUCAACCCAAAGCGGGGUUCUGUGGUGACGGUAUCAUCCAAAAGCUGAGCGGGGAACAGUGCGAUGAUGGUAAUUUGCGCAGCGGUGACGGCUGCAGCAUCGAAUGCAAACACGAGGAUGUGUUCAAGUGCAAAGGCCAGCCCAGUUUAUGCUACAAAUACGAAGGUGACGGUGUUUGUGAAGACUUCGAGCGACAGAUAAGUGCCGUUGACUGCGGGUUUUAUGUUCCACAAGGCUUUGAGCAGCAAUGGGCAACAUCUGCAAUGACAAACCCGAGAUAUGACUGCAAACCAACGAAUGGGGCAAUGACGGGUCAUCCACCACCAGAUCUGAAAUGUCAUCAUACACAACCAGUUGACAAGACGGCCUAUGUUUGCGCGGAAGCUGAAAAUCAAGGUGAUUUCUGGAUAAGGUUUGGAUUUGCUGAACCAGUCGUGGCUACGUCGGUUGUUUUGUACCUUCAAUCCGAUGGCAAAUGGACGGGCAAGAAGAAGAGUUAUAUCAAAGUUGAAUUGAUCGAUACUGAAAACAAACUUCGAAGCAUUGGUGUGGAAAAUUUCACGGUAACAUGCAAACAGCAUCCAAUGGUUCUACCUGUUCUUCAUGAUAUGACAAGGCCUUUCUUCAGAACGAAGGCCGUGCAUAUCAGCUUUCCCGUGUACCGAAGGGUUAUCAUUUCUGGUGUUGCUUUGCGAACGUCAAAGAUACUGAACCCAGUUGCUGCCAGCUCUUGCGACGUAGCUAAGAAGGAGCUCUACAAUCCCAGAAUUCAUAGCUGUCAUCCAUACAAAUGUCACGUGCCUACAUGUAAGCCACUGAUCAUCAAGAAGGCAGAGGUUAAAUGUGAAGGGGUCAACGAUGGGGACACAUGUAAAGUCACGUGUUUUAAUGGUUACUAUCCAAGAAAAGCUGUUGCUGUGAAGUGCAUUCUGGGAAAAUGGAAUGUCAAUGCCAUCAAAUGUCUUCCAGUUGACUGUGGCCUAAUUAAAAUCAAAAGAGCUAUUCUUGAAUGCAAGCAGGAUACAACUUUCAAAAGCAUGUGCACAUUUCACUGUGUGAAUCGAGCGCACAUGGUGGGGGACGAUAACAAAAUAAUAUGCAUGGAGGACGGCCUGUGGUCAGCGAGAAAAGCCUCUUGUGAAUAUUACUGUCCAGCUCCACCUUUGGUCGAGAACAGUCACUCAUUAGACUAUAAAUGCGAUGCUAGGCAUGCGAAUGUCCGGCAACAGAAUGAGAUGGGAACGGUCUGCAGGUACCAGUGCAUGCCGGGAUAUGUUCUAGAUUCCCUGAAUUCUAAAGCAGUUGGAGUGUUAUCGCGGUUGACUUGCAAUGAAAAUGGUAUUUGGACACAGGACUCAAAAUGUGUCCCUGUGAAGUGCAAAGAAUUAUCUGAAUUUGCAAAGCUUGUCUACAACUGCACCAAAGCCAACGAGUUUGGCAGCAUUUGCAGAACAGUUUGUUCACAGACAAAUGAAACCCAUGAAGUUGUAUGCCAGGUAAACGGGCAUUGGUCAACAAACUUCAAUUACUGCCAAUACGAGGGUCACUGCGAUGCUAUCAGCUCAACCAAUGAUAUUGCGUAUAAAUCAUGUGCACACCACGUGGGAGGUUCUUGCCAACCAUUGUGCAUAAGUCAAGGCUACGAUGCAGCUUUCAAGGUGGGUAUGGAGGAAAAACAUGACAUAAAGCUGUAUUGCCUGCCGAAUAGAACUUGGUAUCCCAGCCCUGGUCAGAUUUACUGCGUAAAGUCGUGUAUGAAGAGUUACAGAGGCGAUAGCAUUUGUGACUGCAGCAACAACAACAAACAUUGUAACUAUGACGACGGCGACUGUUGUGAGCAGACUGUCAAGAAAAAGAAAGUUGAGUUUAUUGGUAGCUACCGCUGUAUUUGCAGAGACCCAAAGGUUCUUAAGCUAAUACAAAAGCCUGUUACUUAUUCACCUUUGAGUAAGGAUGGGCACAUUGAUUCCCAAGAGGGGAGUGGGUCGGGGCCACUCAAGACGACGUUUGAUAACAGUGAUGACGACGAUGGUGAUGAUGAUUAUGAUGAUGUUGGUGCUGACAAUGGUGGAAUCGGGGUCCUGCAUGGCUGAAUCUUAUAUAUGCUGGGUAGCUGUAUGCUCAACAGCAAUGGAUCAAAUCAUGAUCCUUUAGCAACAGCGCAAUCACUUUGAAUAUACAAUUGUAUGAUUAAAAGAAGGGAAGGAUGCAUUUUUAUUUAUUGUAUUAUUCAAAUUGGCUAUUUUAACUGGAUUUUAUCAAUAUUAUGCUGGAAAUUGUAAGAAAAAAUUUGUGUACCUAUGCGAUGGUAUGAUGGAAAGUUGGCAUAUCAAAUUUUGCAGAACUAAGGUAUAUUUUAUUCAGGAAAUGGCAAAUUUAUCAUUAACUUUUCACAAAUGUUAUUAUUUAUUGUGUAUUCCGGCUAAAACUAGUUAGCUUGUUCUAAUUUAUUUUAUAAAGCAUUUUAAGUAAACUUGUGACUACGUAACGAAAAUUCAUAAAACGCGAGGAUCGAAUUGUAAAGCGUUUGAAUAAAAAAAUGAAACUUUUAACUACAUUAAAAAUUAUAAACACUUCUUUUUAUUGUUGCUUACUAUGUAUUUUUGGCACGAAUGUUUGACUGAGAAGUUUUAUGCAUUUAAGCCCUUUUUGAUACGAUGCGAUGCUCUUAAAGAAUAGAAUACAAAAACGUUAAAAGGUUUUGCAUCUUCAAGUUUGAUUGCAUAUUUCCUUAGCUCAUGUUGCCAAAAGCUUUUUGAAGACUUUUAUGAGAUAAAUACGUAAAUUCUAACAAGAUUCGUUUACAGAAAAUCCAUUUCUUUUCUGCUUUUUAUUGAAGUUUAAAUUUUACUGAACCAUGACAAUACUAUCCAAAAAUUUCCAUUAAUGAAGAUCCAUUUUAUUUGAAUCAAAUCAAAUAACUUGAAAGAAAUGACCCAUAUAAAAGUAACUUUUCGUCAUUCCAACCUACUCUAUCAAAAUUUAGCUUAUCUCAAACGGAAGAUGUCUUAUCAACGUGAAGUCAAGCCAUUUAAUUCUUUUUAAUUGUAGCUAGAUUUAAUUUCCAAAUUUUCAGAAAUUGUCGUCAUUCCAACCUACUCUAUCAAAAUUAAGCUCACUUCAAACUGAAGAUGUCUUAUCAACGUGAAGUCAAGCCAUUUAAUUCUUUUUAAUUGUAGCUAGAUUUAAUUUCUAGAUUUUCAGAAAUUUCAAAAUGGUCUUUUUCUAGAGAAAAAUAAUUUCUCGAAAAAAUCCAUCAGCUGUUAAAUUUUUCUUGGUAGCAGACCUAAAGAAGUCUGUAAGUUCUUUAGUGAAGAUCUAUCUCGUAAUUUGUCUUUUUUCUAAAAUAUUCUUUGCAGCUUUUAUUUUCUAUUGUUCAAAAAAUAUUAUCGUAAAAAUUGUUGGUAAAAAAUUGUAUUUAAAAAGGUAUAAAAUAUACUUUUGCAGUAUUUUAAUCAUCCUAUAAAGGUACAAAUAUAUAUAUAUGUUAACUGUUAUUUAUAAGACAUUAUUAGUUUGAAUUCAGUUUUAUUAUUGAAAAUAUA